AUGAUUGUCACCCAGUGCAGCCGCGUGGUGACAGAUGAUCUCCUGCAGACUGUGUAUGUGCAGUACCAGCAGAGGAACCUGGCUGUUUGUGUGAGUUUGUUUGUGAAAUCAAUUGAAGACUCCCCCAGAUCGGGCGGCAGUGAGGAUCCACAGGAGGGCUGUCACUGUGUGGUGGUGUUGCCUGUGGAGUCCCAGAAGAGGCUGGUUCAGAUUCUCCGUUUCCUGCCAGCGUUUCCCGCAGAGCUUCUGGCAUGUCUCAGUCAGGUCUGCAACACUGCGAGAGUGUCGGCUAGCCUGGCCACCAUGCUAAUACGCACCAUACACCUGAGGUCUCCUCUGAGUGGCUGGUUAAGCAGUUCACAGGAUGUGCCGGUGAAGGAUGUAGAUUACCUCAGUUUCUUUUUCACCACACUAAAAGGUUUCUCCUCUGAGAUGCUACAGGCCCUUCAGGACACAGAUGAAGACGGCCUGUUGCCCUCCUCCUCACUCUGGCCCCUCAGCGUAUUUGCUACCAACCUGGAGCAGUUCCUACACCACUGGGAUAUAGUGGAGGAGGUGUGCCACUGUCUGGACACUCUAGGAUCUCGUGCACAGUGUUUUGAUGUGAUACAGAACGCCAUCAUUAAGAAUCUGUGUGGACUCGUGGUGGUGCCAGACUGUGUGUGUGCAGCAAUUUUAAGGUGUGUUCCCCGGUUACUGGAUGUCAACUUCCUGCCCAGCGACACACUCCUCCACUUCCUGUCUGACUUUUGCCUGAGAAUGCUCAAUCUGCUGCUACAACUGGAGCAGAGUGCCCGCAAGAGGGAUGCCGUGUGGGAGGCGUGUUUUGCUGCCUUGAGCAAGGUACCGAGGCUGCUGCGACUGCUCUUGCAGUCUUUUUGCACGUGUGACCUUUGUGAGAAAGAGCUCCACGUGUUGGCACAGAUCCUGUCAUUACUUCUUCAGCAUACUCAAUUACGCAACCACAUGAUGGCCAACGCCAGUCUACUGCAACAUAUCAUACAAGACUUAACGCAUUAUUAUGGUGGAGAGACUCGAGAGCAGUGGCUGACUGACUUGCUGUACUGCUACAGUGUGACGCUGUCUGGUCACCGGGCCAACAUAGGCAUGAGGGACAUCUAUUAAUCACUGACUGUUAGGGUGUUCAUUGCUACAACAUUUUUUUGUUCUUCCAGUUCAGUCAUUUUGUACAAAAUAAAGAAAAUACAUCUUGUGAUAA